GCACUAAAUCCUUUUUCAGCGACAUUUCCUUGACACACAAAAAUUAAUUGAAAAUUUCCUGCCCCUACACAAUUUUUUUCGCCCACUGCUGUCAGAAAUCACUAAUUCUCUAAAAUUCCACUACACGGCGCUAGUUACUAAUGUGACAGUUCGAAUGUAAACAAAACCGUGAUAAAAAAAUUGUAAAUUAAAUUUUUAAUUGAUUAUUUAAGUAAUAAAAUGACUUCUGAAAAUCCCCCGGAAGCUAUAUUUAUCAAGAUUGAUCCUAAAUAUGUCCUUUUGAAUGAAGAAAAUGAAAAUUCAUCAAUUUCUUCAAGGAGAAAUCUAAGAUCGAAGCGAAUGAAGAAGACUGAAAGUGAAGAAAAAUCUGAGGAAUCGUUGGAAAUCUUUAAAUCUGAGGAAACAGGAAGUGAUAAGGAUUGUGAAUCCUCACAAGGAGAAUCUGAAGAGGAAUUUGAAAAAUCAAAAAGGAACAAAUCCAGGAAGACGGGAAGGAACAAGAACUGCCUCUGCAAUGUUUGUGGGAAGAGCUUCAAGCAGCCCAGGUACUUGGCUCGUCAUGCAAUAAUCCACACGGAUGCCAGGCCCUUCAGUUGUGAUUUGUGCAGUAAAACCUUCAAUAGAAAGGACAAGCUUUUGAGCCAUCGUCGACUGCACGGAAGCUCCGAAGAGGAUCGAGGAGAAGGUGAGAAGCAGAAUAAAUGUGAAACUUGUGGGGAAGUCUUCAAGGACAAGGACCAGCUACGAAUUCAUCGUACAAUUCACACAAGCACGAAGGAAGUUCUCAAAUGUUCAAUUUGCAAGGAAUUCUUCCCAUCAAAGGAAGAGCUAAAAGCUCACUAUUUCACCCACAAAGCUAGUCAGGACACAGAUGCAGGGCAGAAGACACAAAUCUUCGAUUGCUCCUACUGCUACAAAAGUUUCCUGAGUAGUGAGCUGCUGAAGGAACAUGUUGGCAUCCAUGGAGUCCCUUUCCGGACAAUGGAACAACUCUUGCACAAAUGCACCGAAUGCGGGAAGUCCUACAGUCAAAUGUCCUCCCUCAACAACCACAUGCUCACGCACAGGAAGGAUUUUCGUUGUGCUCACUGCGAGAUGAGCUUCACGCGGAAAGAUAAGCUGAUAAAACACGCCCGGAUGCAUGAAUUUGCCAAGGAAUUCUCCUGCGCCAAGUGCGGAAGGAGUUUUGACGAUGAAUUCAAACUCAAGCAUCACAUGCGUGUUCAUUCCGGGGACACAGAUCACGUUUGCUUGAUCUGCAACAAGCACUUCCAGGCUUCGAAGAAUCUCAAACGACACAUGAUUAUUCACACCGGAGAGAGACCUUUUCAGUGCUCCUACUGCGGUGGGACAUUCUCACGACGGGACAAGCUUACGGCGCACUUGAGGCUACAUCAGAGUCGAGGAGAGAUUCAUCGGGAUGGAGAACAAAGAAUCACACAAACUGCUAAAAGGGUCAAAAAGGAGAAGAGUUCAGAAGUUCCGGUUGUGAAGGAAGAUGAAGGAAGGAGUUCCCUUGAUAUUCCUUCUGUUAUGAAUGCCCUGUCUGCCGGGGGAAUUUGUGAUAUAAAGGAGGAAGUAGAAGAUGAUGGUGGGGAUGAAGGAGAAGAUCACCACCUUCCAAGCCCUCCAGCAUCUCCUGUUGAUGAUGUAAAAUCCGACGCUGAUGACGCAGAGGAUUCAAUCUUCGACUGUUCGCAUUGCUACAAGAGCUUCCUCCACUUUGACCUACUCAAGUCUCACAUGGAGGAAGCUCAUGAUGCUGAGGUUGAGGCAGAACUUCAGGAGAAAUUCCGCUUUACAUGCGUCAUGUGCAAGAAGGAAUUCACCAGCAGGCACACCUUCAAUCAGCACAUGCAGACGCACAGCAAGGAGAAGACCUUCAAGUGUGUUGAGUGCGUCAUGAGCUUCGAUCGUUUCUUCCAGCUUGUGAGUCACAUGAAGGUUCAUCAGCGACAGAAGGCCUUCGCGUGUCCCCUCUGUGGACGGAGCUUCGACGAUGCCACGCGCCUGGAGUACCACACAAAGGUCCAUACGAAUGAGAAGGAUUUCACGUGCAAUCUCUGCGGCAAAGGGUUCCAAUCUGUGAAGAAUCUUCGACGCCACGAGCUGUCAAUUCAUUCGACAAAGAAACCCUUUGUGUGCACCGAAGAAGGGUGCGAUAUGGCAUUCAGCCGGAAGGACAAGUACGUCAUCCACAUGAGGCAUCAUCAGCGUCCAGGAUGGCGGACGUGCAAGAAGUGCGACCGAGUUUUCCCGACAAAUCGACAGAUGCGCGAACACAGAGAGCAAUGUGGGAAUGAUAGGAAGCCGAAAGAGAAUUUUCCGGAAGGGCUCCAUUGCAGUCAGUGCGACUCAUCCUUCAAGCAGGCGUGGCACUACAGGAAGCACCUGCAGAGCCACAAGGAUGGGAUGGUGCUGUAUCGAUGUGAUCUCUGCAGGAAAACCUUUUCGCAGAAGGAUCGCCUUGAGAGCCAUAUGAAGUGCCACACGGAAGGAAAGAAGAAGAGAAAAACAUAAAAAUACAAACACAGUGAGUCAAAGCCAUCAAUUUUCCGUAACAUCACGUAAAUUUAUUUUUCUUUUAUGUGAUCGCGUCCUUUUCUCUGGUUCAUCACCUUGAAAAGGUUUUCGGAAAAAAAGCAAAAUGUUAUUUUACAAUUUGUUAAGAGACUUAUUUUUUAUAAUCUUUUUUUUUACCAUGCGGUUACAUUGAAUUGUAGUUUUUACAAUUUGUAAUUUAUUCUAAAGUAAAAUUUAUUUCCUCAUUAUGACAAA